AUGACAGAGACUACAAAUUUUGUAUCGAUGCCAUCUGUUACUCCCACUCCUCAAUUAAAUAAAAAUCAUAAAAUUACCAAGCUGUCCGGCAAAGGUACUACACAUAAGAUAAGGGAACAAUUAAACUUCACAGAUGAGAGAAAGUGGAAACAAUUUUCUAGUAGAAGGUUAGAAUUAAUUGAUCGUUUCGGAUUGAGUCAACGUAAGGCAAGUGAACAAGACGAUAAUAUUAAACAAAUCGCUACCCUUUUGAGAAGCGAAUUCGGUUAUUCCUCAUUAUACGCUAAUGAAUUCGAAAAAUUAGUUACUGCUGCCGUUCAAUCCGUUAGAAGAAAUAGGAAGCGCUCUAAAAAGAAAAAUACUUUAUAUCCUUUCAAAACCUAUUCACAAGAUGAAUUAGCAAACUUAGAAGAAGUUGCAAAGAAUUCUAAUUCAAGUUCAGGUAGCGGCUCUAGUACAUACGGUUCCGAUGACGAAUCAAAUCGUUCCGAUCAAGACACUUUUCAGACACCAUUACCAAACAUCAAGAAAGAAGCAUCCUCAACAUUACCAACACCUCCUAAUACCUCUAAUAUAACGGUUAGCGUUCCUCCAGAACAUUGUAAUAAGACUGUGCUAUCACCAGCACAAUCUACUGCCAUGACCAUAAAACCAUGUCAAACUCCCUUACCAUCAGUCAAAGAUGCUCUUUCAUCCAUUCCUAUGUCAUCAAACAUUGUUAAACCAAGAAUGGCAGAAUCUGUAACACCAGUCUCAUCACUCCCCGUAUCAAACUCUCAAGAGUCAAUGAAUACAACAAUUACUAAUCUAAUUAACUAUUCUAAGCAGUUUUCUAUUGAUUCCAAAUACUCAUCAGCAUCAUCUUCUUCUGUUUCAGACAUUACAGCGGAUGACGUCCCAAUCUUCUUGAAGAAGAAAUUAUUCAAUCAGAUUCAUCGUUCAAGAACUUGUUUGACACUAGUUGAUAAUAAUAAGAAUCUAAUCCUGGAGAAUAAUUUUGUUAACUUGGAAAAUUUAGGUGAAAUGUCAGUUAAAGCCUCUACUUCAUUCGUUCUUGAGAGAUAUUUUGGAAAUUUAGGCCAAUCUGCCAUUACUAAUAUGAUUUCCAUCACAUCUUCCACAGAAUACUACGCCACAAUUUCAUCUUCACUAUUUAGUUCAAUCUUUGCGUCAUCAAUAAUAUCCAAAGAUCAUCAAAUCAAACUCUUAUAUCUUAUCAUGGGGUCCAUAGUAAAAGAUUUUGGGUUCGAUUCCAUUUUAUACCCUUUGAAUGAAGUAAUUCAUCAUAUACUACUAAAUUACAACAAUAAGAGUAACGAGGCCUCCAUUAAGACAGAGAAGUCAGUAAAACCAUUAACUUUAGAACCAACUAAUAAUAAUAAAUUGAAUGGUCUCUCUAUCUUAAGUGCUGUUUCGUUGCAUGCUAGUAGCCCAGAAACCGCAAAACAACAAGCUGCCAAUAGUACGCUUCCAAGAGCGUCAAUUCCAUUAUCAUCGACAUCAUCAUUAGAAACAAGUUCAUUAGAUUCAAUAAUGAACAGGAUUACCAAAAAUUCUAAAACAGUCUCCAAUUCACCAUUCCUAACAGUCAGAAAAUCAUUUGAAAAUGGAACACUACCACAACCUAAACCGUUGCUUGGCAAUAGCAAUUAA